CUGGUGGCUAGAGGUGCCCGGAUUUGCCCUCUUGGUCCUCACUUCCGCCGGAAGUAACCUCCAGUCGCAAUUGCCCUCUCUGCACGCGCGGGCAUCGGGUACCUCGCACCGGUACUCGGGGCGUGAGUACGACCACAAUGGCCGUCACCACCUUGCUGCGCGCGACGCCCCUCUUCAGCGGUCUCGGCGCCGGCCCGACCCCACUCCUGCAGGGCCUGUUGCGGCCGCUGACGGCCCCGGCACUGACCCUCUUGUGCCGCGGCCUGGCCGUGGAGGCCAAGAAGACCUAUGUGCGGGACAAGCCCCAUGUGAACGUGGGUACCAUCGGCCAUGUGGACCACGGCAAGACCACACUGACCGCGGCCAUCACGAAAAUUUUAGCCGAGGGCGGUGGGGCCAAGUUUAAGAAGUACGAAGAGAUUGACAAUGCCCCGGAGGAGCGAGCCCGCGGUAUCACCAUCAAUGCAGCUCACGUGGAGUAUAGCACUGCUGCCCGCCACUAUGCCCACACAGACUGUCCCGGUCACGCAGAUUACGUUAAGAAUAUGAUCACAGGCACUGCCCCCCUUGACGGCUGCAUCCUGGUGGUGGCAGCCAAUGAUGGCCCCAUGCCCCAGACCCGAGAGCACUUACUACUGGCCAAACAGAUUGGAGUAGAGCAUGUUGUGGUGUAUGUGAACAAGGCAGAUGCUGUCCAGGACUCUGAGAUGGUGGAGCUAGUCGAGCUGGAGAUUCGGGAACUGCUCACAGAGUUUGGCUACAAAGGGGAGGAGACCCCGGUCAUCGUAGGCUCUGCCCUCUGUGCCCUUGAGCAACGUGACCCUGAGUUAGGCCUGAAGUCUGUGCAGAAGCUGCUGGAUGCUGUGGACACUCACAUCCCAGUGCCCACCCGGGACCUAGAGAAGCCUUUCCUGCUGCCUGUAGAGUCAGUUUACUCUAUCCCUGGCCGGGGCACAGUGGUGACAGGUACGCUAGAACGUGGAAUUUUGAAGAAGGGAGAUGAGUGUGAGUUCCUGGGACAUAACAAGAACAUUCGCACUGUGGUAACAGGAAUUGAGAUGUUCCACAAGAGCCUGGAGCGGGCAGAGGCAGGUGAUAAUCUUGGGGCCCUGGUUCGAGGCUUGAAGCGGGAGGACCUGAGACGUGGCCUGGUUAUGGCCAAACCAGGUUCCAUCCAGCCCCACCAGAAGGUGGAGGCACAGGUUUACAUCCUCACCAAAGAGGAAGGUGGCCGCCAUAAGCCCUUUGUAUCACACUUCAUGCCUGUCAUGUUCUCCCUGACUUGGGACAUGUCCUGUCGUAUCAUCUUGCCUCCAGGGAAGGAGCUUGCUAUGCCCGGGGAGGACCUGAAGCUUAGCCUAAUCUUGCGGCAACCAAUGAUCUUAGAAAAAGGCCAGCGUUUUACUCUGCGAGAUGGCAACCGGACCAUUGGCACUGGCCUCGUCACUGACACACCAGCCAUGACUGAGGAGGACAAGAACAUCAAGUGGAGUUGAGUGCGGGCCUCUGCUCAGGCUCUUGUAUGCAGGGCUGUGCUGGCCAGUGUUCUGUUUCUCAUGCCCCCUUCCCAGGGCAUAGGCUGCAACCCAGCAGAGUUGCAACUAGACCAUCACUUCUCCUGGCCAGAAGGGCCACACGGCCUGCCAGGUGAGGUAGGUCAAUAAACUGUUCUGUGAAUAGUAAGC